AUGAAGGAUAAGACAAAAGGAGAUUCAAUAGGUGAAUCAGUAUGCUUAAAGCCAAAAAUGUAUUCAGUUUUUCCAGCAGAUCAUGAUUCUAAAACUUCUAAAACAGAUAUAGAUUUUGAAAAAGAGUUAGAAGAGGAAGAAUAUAGAAAGUCAAAGGGUGGCAAAAAAUAUAAUAAUCUUACAAAAAACUAUGGAGACUAUCUAAAGAAAUUGCGAGCUGAAAAGAAUUUGAAUGACUAUAUUAAGAUAGUCGCAGUUAAGAUGUUUUCUAACGAAGAGGUAUACAUUCUAAGGCUAGAAAAUUAUCGCAAAAGAUAUGCAAAUAAUGAUCUGUAUGUCAGCCUAGAAAAAUUAUAUGAGCUUUAUUAUUAUAUAGCUAAAGAAAAAAUCGCAAAAGAUCAGAUAAUGAAAUAG